AUGUCCGACGCCUGGGUCCCCAGCCUCGCGCUCAGCCUGCUGGUCGGCCUCCAGCAGGCUGCAGCCAAAUGUGGUCUCUUCUUCACCUGCCCCAAAGGAUUCCAAUGCUGUGGCAAUGACUGCUGCCAGGAGAAUGAGUUCUUUUCUGGCCCCUUGAGGAUCUUUGUCAUCAUAUUCCUGGUCAUCCUGCCCCUCUUGUGCGUCUGUGGCCUGGCGAGGCGCUUCUGUCACAACUGCAGAGAGCCGGAGCAGAACCCCCCGAUGGAUCACCAGGGGCCCCCAGAACUGCCCUCCAUUGCCCCGCCAGAGAGGGUCAGGGCAUCCAUCUCUGAGCCCCCACCCCCCUACAGCGAGGUUAUUCUGAAGCCCACCCUGGGCCGGCCCCCCACAGAGCCACCCCCUCCCUACAGCUUCAGGCCUGAAGAAUAUGCUGGGGUUCCGAGAGGCAUUGACAACCCAGCUUUCUGAGCCACCUUGUGCCUGGAAUCUUGCCACUAGCAACCUCCUCCCCAGUGCCUCCUGGAUCAAGCUAGAGACUUCUGGGACCCCUCGAAUGCCCCCACCUAUCCUGCCACGUCUCUUGUCAUUCUUGGAUUUAACUUAUUGCCCUUCCUGCCCCUGUUCCACCCCAGCUGCCUCUCUGGUCCCAAGGGCUGGGCUGGAGUGGCGAAGCUGCCCCCCCCAUCCCCCCAAUCCAAGUUAGAGGCUGCCAGGAAGAAAAUGUCAACAGUUAGAGGUGCCCAGCAGUGCAACGAGCUACUCUGAGAAGUAGACAGAGCCCCGGUUCUGGAGGUAUACAGGUCUUGGCUGGACAGCUCUGAGAUGUUAUGAAGGGCACUCUGUACCCGUGGGAGACUGGACUGGAUGAAUGC